CUGCCGUACUAGUUGCAACCCUCAUGCCACGUCUGCAGAAAUAACCAUAACCUUGCUGCCUGUUGAGGCUGUUUAUUGAGGGCCCACUGAGUCCCGAGCGCUGUGCAUAAUUAGCUUCAAUUCUUACAUCUUUGCAAGUUUCUGGACCAGCAGAGCUGAGGGUACCUAAGCUUGUGCUGAGGCGACUCUACUGAGGUCAGCCCCAUGGCUAUUCCACGUGCUUCAAAUGAAACUUCCUAUUUGCUGCCUCCAAACAAGGAAGACUGGGAAGGGCAUGGCAUUCCUGACUUUGUCUAUGGGCAGGAGGAACUCGUGAUGGAAGGGGUUCAGUGGCCAAGGGGCGCGCUCAGCCUCCUGAACACGCCACCACUGUCUCACUUUGACUCUGCCCUCUGCUCGGCCUGGAGGCAGCGGAUGGAGCUGGGGCUUUUCCGCUACCCACUGGGGGCGCUGCCAACCCAAACCCUGCCUGGGACCGUGGGUUUUGUGGCUCAGCUGAACGUGGAGCGAGGUGUGCAGAGAAGGCGCCCCCAUAACAUCAAGAGCAUGAGGCAGGAGUUUGACCCUGAACAGUUUAACUUCAACCAGAUCCGGCCGGGAGAGGUCCUUUUCCGUCUGCACGGGAAGCGGGAUUGCCCCGGCACUGUCCAGCAAGAGGACAUCCUGGUGGUGAUCAACGUCAGCCCCUUGGAGUGGGGCCACGUGCUGCUGGUGCCCGAACCUGCCCGAGGGCUCCCCCAGCGCCUGCUGCCCGGGGCACUGCGGGCCGGGGUCGAGGCUGUGCUCCUGAGCUCACACCCAGGCUUCCGCGUGGGCUUCAACAGCCUGGGCGGCCUGGCCUCAGUGAACCAUCUCCACCUGCAUGGCUACUACCUGGCCCACCGGCUGCCCGUGGAGGGGGCCCCGAGUGAACCCCUGGACCCUCGGGGACGUCUGCAUGUGCUCCAGGCCCUCCCAGCUCCGGGCUUCCUCUUUUACACCAGUAGGCCAGGGCCUGACUUGGAAGCCUUGGUAAGCAGGGUGUGUCGGGCCACUGACUACCUGACUGACUGUGACAUUGCGCAUAACUUGUUUGUCACCCGGGGGGCCCCACCUGGAAAGACAUCAUUUUCCUCAGCUCUCUCGGGAGUCCGGGUCAUUCUGUGGCCCCGGAAGCCCAGCUUUGGGAUAAAGGAAGGUGAGGCAUUCAACGUUGCCCUCUGUGAGCUGGCUGGGCACCUCCCGGUCAAAACAGCCCAGGACUUCAGCAGCCUGACCGAGGCGGCAGCUCUGGCCCUCAUCAGAGAAUGUCUGCUGCCCCCAGCCCAGGCAGAAGACGUGCGGGCGGCGCUGGUGGCCUUGAUAGGCCAGGAGGAACAGUAAUCCUCCCAGCAGUAUUUAUUCUUAACUGAUCUGGAGAACUGUCCAUCGUGGUGCUGUGGGUGCAUUCAUGAAUGCCUUCUCACUGCUUUCAGCAUAAGGGGAGGGAUAAAGAACUGGUAAGUGGUCUCUUUAAAGAGGGAGAUUGUUGGAAUAAAUGGCAUGAAUGAGCCCUCUUGGAUGUAUCUGCCGCUUUUCACCUUGCUUCUUGGACAAGUCCCAGGGAUGUCAAACCUGUUACUAAGAAGGGAGUAUGUACCGGAGUUACACGCUCCUGACUCUGUAUGCUGACUUUUCUUUAAGUGUUAGCAAAGUGAUAGUUUAUCACUUGUUCUAUCUUGCCUCUGCUGGUCCCGCCUCUGCCCACCACUCAGCUGUGUUUCUUCACUCUGCUCCUGUAUUCAGCCCCUCCAUCCAUACACUGUAUUUGUAGGACAGUUCGCCUACCUGGGCACCUCAAAUUUCCCUCCAGCCCCAGUGCUGAGCGAAGUGUUCUUCACAGACAUUAUUUCGUGUGAGAACAAGGUGUCUUCACAACUUGAGCGUUGCAGGUCCUUUUAAUAGCUGCAUUUAGCAGCUAUUGAAGAGAUGGAGGCUGAGAGAAGUUUAGUAACCCAUCCAAGGUCAGGUAGCUCAAAAGUAGUGGAGGCAGGAUGGCAACACAGGCAGUCAAGACACCAUGAAGCUGAGCUGGGGCUGUGCACCUGUGACCAUCAUUUUAAUAAAGUCUUCUUGAGAUGAGGCAGAAUACGCAUCACAACCCAUUUCAUAAGAAAGUUUAACUUUGAAAUUCCUCUGAACAUUUUGGUCACCCUCAGUGUGCCUGUUUUUGGCAACUGCACUAAUUUUAGCUCAGUGCCUCUCUCUACAAGCCUUUGCAAAUACAGGCUCUAGAAAGAUCACUUUAUUUUGCUUGCUUACUCUCUGAAGGGAGUGCAGUGACCAUUAUAGCAAAGUGGACUUUGAGUGCCUAAGGUGGUAGGUCCAAAUACCAGGAUUUCCCUAGCUUUCCCUUAGGACUGAUAUUCAGAGGAAGGCCUUCUUCUGGCCCCAAAUAAAUCUUUACACAAAAAUUAAAAGGUUUUCUUUAUGGUUGUACUUCUUAGCCAUGUGUACUUUGUGAAUGAUCAAGAAAGGGAUUUAUGGAAGCCUUCUCUAAGGUUAAAUAUGGAACAUUUAGGAGCUGCUUUGUACCCAGGGCCCUGGGCUUUGAGCACAGUAGGAAGGUAAGAAGGGGUGAUCCAGCUCAGGACCUCUCCACCUCUUUGCUUGCUUUUUGUUUGUUUGUAUGUUUGUUUCUUGCUUUUUGAUGGAGGGUCUCUUGUCCUAAGGGUGUUGGACUUGAGCUAAUGGGAAACCUUGAAGAGUUUU